GCCGCCGCCGCCGCCACCACCACGAUACAGGCUUCACCAGCCCCGUCCUUAGCCAGCAAGACCUCCCACAGCUCCUCUUCUCUUGGUCCUUGUGGUGCAAUGACGCCCCCUAAUGCUCCUCCGCCCCCUGCUCCAUCCCUGCCCCUGGACGCUGUAGUUACUACCACCAUCGACACCACGUCUGCCAACGUCACUACAGCAGUCGCUGCGUCAGCGUCACUUACUGUGUCAGGGUUCACGUCCGUGUACACCAGCAGUCCUCUCGUCACGGCCACCACUACUUCAUCCCUUGAAAAACGUAGCUCCUUCCUCAGAAGAGAAUGUACCUUGGAACGGCAAGAGUCCGGAGCCAGCUACACCACUACCACCACAUACAAUGGUGUUUCCACCUCUUCACCAUACUCCCUGCAUCACCAGCCUGGGGUCAGCAUCGCCACCACCACUACUACCUCUACCUCCGCCUCAUUGCACCACCAACACCAUCUUGGCUACAACUCUGAAGGUCGCCCGAAGCCGCCCCCGCCCCCUAGGAAGGUCUCCCUGGAGGGGAGUCAAGCAGGUGAUAUCUACUCCCUCCUAGCUGACCUAGGCCAUACAUCUGCACGCCCACUCCAACUCCAGCACACUCCCACCACCACAGAAACUCCCUCACGGCCACAACGCCCACCCCCACCCACACGCACGCCCAGCAACCCCGGUACCAAGCCUGGACCUCCCAGACCAGAUCCACCCAAGUUAACCAAGGACUCCGUCUAUGCCAACCUUGGAGAUGUCCGGGCUCCCAUCACACCCCGUAAGCCAGGGAGAACAGCCAGCAUCAGAGGAGAGGAUGACCGAGAGAAGAGACGGGCCCCACAGCCUCCGCAGUUGCAACCUGGUGUGCAGGAACCAGGUCAGCAGACAGUACAGAGGCUAAACAGACACCAAAAGCAGGACAGCACAAGCAGCAGUUGCAGUAGCAUCAGCAGUUCCAGAGUAGUCAAGGGUCCAGCACCAGCUAGGCCUCAUCAGCCGCACCUCAUAUAUAAUGAUUAUGAGACACUCGAGCGAGAUGACAUAACUGCUCUCAACAUAACACAGAUAGCUGUAGGAGCAUCCACCUGUAACGUGGUAUCUUUGUGUAACACUGAAGAUGUUUACCGGACACCCAGGCGAGGCUAUCAGACUGAAGAAAUAACCUCUGCCCUGUCUUCACGUCAGGAGAAGAUGGGUCGUCUGAGUGUUCGACGUGCUUCAGCAAUGACACACCGGAGUCUGGAGGACCAAUACGGUGCUGUGAUCUCAGCAAACCUUGAGGCACUCUCCAACAUGUUAGAUCAAUUGUGCAAUAACUGGUUCCCUCCGGGGUAUGAGGAAGUGCAUUCUGGAGUCUCGCAAUGGGAAGAUGUCACUAUAGAUGAUGACAUAAUUGUAGGAGCUGGCCAUAGACUUUUUUAUGUUGGAGAAGCAUGUGGCCAAGAAGUUAUUCUGAUGCUAACACCUGAGACGAAAGUAGAGGCUCAUCAUCUGUUAACCCCUAUGCCUCUUGCUACGUUUAAGGAUGAGCUUCCCAGUCACCUGCUUUCGCACAAAUAUAUUACAAGAGGAAAGUCAACACUUGGUACAGUAUGGGUCAUGCCACCUCUAAGUUUAACAACUUUAAGGAGCUUAGCAGAAGAAGAUUUUCCACAAUUAUCACAUGUUCCAGUAGAGUGGGAACGCAGCACUUGUCUCCUCCUCCUUCAGUUAGUCACUGGCCUAAAGCAGCUGCAAGCACAAGGUGUUGAAGAAACUUGUAUUGAUUUGACACUUGUUGUUCGUGGAAGCCAAGGAAAGGGGCAUGAUUGUGAUCCUAGAUUAAUACUCGUACCUCCCACAGAGACUGGUUCUCCUCUCAUGUCUCUGUGUCAGUGUGCUGCAGCAGUAACAUUGCUGCUUAUGGGUGUGGAUGAUCCUUCAGAACAUGCCAAAGAUGGCAACUUCAUAAUUCCAGCAGCAGUGCCUUCACAACGAGCUUUUAACAUUCUCUUGCGGUUGCUUCAUCAAGAAAAAGCUGGGUCACUUACACAGGUCAAGUGUGUACUGGAAGUCCUUCUGUUUGGUCCUGACAGCUCUGGAUGUGAUGCUAAAGAAGGUGAAGAAGUUGAAGCAGCAUUACAACGAUGGCUAGACUUGGAGAGAGCAACUGUCCUUCACACAUUAAUCCGGGGACCCUUAGUCUCCUCAGUGCUCACAAAGUUCCAUCUUCUCUUUCUUGUUAGAACUAAUUCUAGAAUUCUUAGGGAAACUUUGAAACUUUUGAGAGACCCAGAGGUUACUACAUUUUAAUUUUUUCAUACCUUGGUUUUGUAAUUCAUUUAAUGUGAUGCUCCUGAUACUUGGGAAUGUUAAGUCAAGUUUUGAUGUUUCUGGUAUUGGAGGAUGGCUACCUCAAAUAUAGCUUUUUCUAUUAUAUUCACUAGGGAAUAUAAAGAGAUAAAUUAGUCUGGCAGGUAACAUUACAAUAUCUGGGGGUAAAGAACUAAAUCCACAGGGGUCACAUAGCCCCUUGGAAUAUGGGAGACAAUCAGGUUUGAUCUAAGGCAGAGAGGGAGGACAGGUUUAUUGCACAAGGAUCCCCUCACCAGCAUAUACUUUUACUAGUGAAAAAGUUUUGCUCAUGGAUAAGUAAGUUGAUAUAUUAAGUCCUUGGUACAGUAUAUUACAUUACUGCACUAAGCUGCUGCUACACAAGUAAAUGCAAGAAUUUUAGUCUUGCAGUCCAGGUUAGCACAUUCUUUUCCUUCAUGUUAUGGUGCAACUAUUUUAUUUAGAAAUAUAUACUGUAAACAAAUUCUGGCAUAUUAAUAGAACUAACAUGGUAUGUAAAUACUAGAGAACACUUCAAGGGAAUGCAUUAUAUCAUCCAGUGGCUUCCCAGUAUUAUACAUUAGUAGAAAUAUAAUACCUUGCAGAAAUAUAGCUGCUAGGUAACAGCCAUUAUUAGUUUAUGCAAGUAGUGUCUAUAUUGCUCAAGUUUAAAAAAAUGCAAAACAAGGUGAUACAUGGCACAUUUUUAAUCUUAAAUUUGGCAAAUUACCCCCACCCCAAAUCCUUGUAUGUACUUGCAAUUUACUAUAUUUUCAGGAAAAACCAUUGAAUAAACAAUCAUUUUCCUCCCUUUAAGAAUUGGUAGCCUUUCUGGCAAAUCACUUCCUCAAAGGAAGAUCUCUUAAUCCAGUGAGGGCUUAUGAUCCCUUGGAUGUUUAAUAAUAAUGAUCCCUUUGAAUCAAACUAUUGCCUCCCAUUCUCACCAGUGCUGUAAGACACCUAGGGAUUUAAAGCUUUUUUUUUUUUAAUUACGGAAUUGCUAAACCUGUUGGUCAUACGGUGCCUGGGAAAUUGUUGGCAUUCAGAUUUGAUCCAUGGAAGGAGAGGCAAAGUCCAGUUUCUUGGAUCAAGUGACCCUCAUUGUCAUGGACAUCUUGGAGGAGGGAUGAAGUACACUCCCAAGGAAAUACUAAACCAACAGGGAGCAGUGCCAGGAGAGUGGGAGGUAAUUAAGCUUGAUUGAAGGGGACGAAUAGCUCCUUGAAUAAUGUGUUCACCAGAAUUGAAGGUACCACCAACUGAAGGGAAAUUAAUAUUGUAAAGUGCUAUUGGGAUGUCAUACUACAUAAAAUAGGAGGGGUAGCUCAAGUUCCUUGGAUCAUAACUGGGGUUCCAAUUCCACGCAUCAUGGCUCUCCAAGGACGUCCAUAACUCCAUUUCAUUCUGGAGCUACAGCAAAUGUUUUCUAACUAGUCCCUUAAACUUAGUUGAGGAAUAGUCUGGAAUAUCUUUCACAGGAGAGCAACAUUAUAAAAGUUUAUGUACUUGAAUAUUUUAGUCUUGCCAAUGAUAAUGCUUGACAGUAAAAAAUUAACAAGCAAUGGUCUAGUUGACCAUUUAAGCACUUAAGAGUACUAUAUUUAUCUUAAGCCCUUCUAAAUUUACUAGUGAAACUUUUGAACUAAAAAAAAAAUUCUGCUUUAUCACUCAAGAUCCAGUUAUAAAACAAACUUCCCACUUAAAAGCAUCUUUCUUGCCAUCAUUAGAUUAGGACAUUUUGAGAACUGCUUAAUUUAGUUCUUAAGAGGUUGCUUAGUUUGACAGGCUCAAUUGUAUUGUUCCUGAAGGAAUCUUAAUUUGUUAAGCUUUAUGUACAUAUUGUAGAUGAAAUUUAUUUUUUAUGUACAGUACAUUGUAAAUAUAUCUAUAAUCUGUCACGAUUCACAAACUAUACAAGUCACCUGUAUUUUCAUUAUGGUGCAUUUUUAUUUACUUUUAUAAAACUGAAAACACUAACUUAUGAAAGAUCUAACCAUAUUGUUACUGGAAUAAACUGGUUUCUGGA